CAACCUGGUAUGCCGCCAGCAACUUACCAGUAUAUCCUUACCGGACCGGGUGCAACUAUCUUCGCUGUAGAUCAGCGUGGUUAUCUCUACCUCAAUGUACCCACAAUCGAUGCCGAUCCGCCAAACCCAUCUUCCUACCGGCUAAACGUCCAAGCUCGAGAAGUUGAUACGACGCCGAUAAGGAGUAGCGAACCAGUGACCAUUAUUAUUCAUGUUUUGGAUGCUAACGAUAACCCACCGCAGUUUGAGCUACCAAUCUAUACCGUGAAUGUAACCUCCUUCGGAGAUGAGCGACCUGUGGUUAAGGUUGUGGCAAGUGAUCCUGAUUCUGGAAGCUAUGGUGAGAUUCAGUAUCGGAUCAUACAGAUAACAAAUGGCGGAGAGGGUAAAUUCCGCUACGAUGCGUCAACAAACAUGCUGAAUGCAGUUGGAGAUCUCACACCGGGGGAACGAUAUCAGAUUGUAAUAGAGGCUGAAGACGGUGGUGGCAGGAAAUCACAGGCUAUCGUAGUUGUUUUGGCUACUCACACAAUGUUCAGCCUUGCCAGCAUUGCUCCACUUCCCGGAAUGGAAACUUUUGUACCACAUCCGGCCGCUUACAUGACAACAACAGUCCCAGCAUCAGCAAGUGCUGGUAGGAUCAGUAAAAAAUCGAUAUAUCGAUUAAUUCAAUUGGCUUCUGAAAACUGCUUAUUUAUAUGCUAUUUCAGAACAAGAUGA